UCUAAUUUCAUUCGACCAAACAAUGCUUGUUUUUCCUCUUUUAAUAGUAGCAUUGUUCCCGGAAAGAAAAUAGUUUUUUUUCUCUUUUUUAAUUUUUUUUUAGCAGUCAGUUUGUUCCUCCAAGGUCUUGCAAUAUAAAUCCCCAAAAUAUCGCUCAAUAAUUACGCACGCACGAAUAUCGCUGCACAUUAUUUGACCGUAGCAGCACGCUCCCAGCGAAGGGGUCAGUAAUCUGACACUCGGACGUCUCCCCCGCUCUCCCCUUGACCGACAGGACACAUUCACGUCCAGGAGAUACCGCCAUUGAUGGCAGCUAAAUGAUGAAAUGCUGCCAUUAUCAGAGAACUAAAGGCCUGGCGGCGGCCGACACCUGAUCUGCCAUGUCUCCCUCCGGCCCUUUGUGCCAGCAUUUCAUAUCUGAAACAUCUGCUGGCAUUCAGCUGCAGUCCACAGCCAGUCUGUCAUGGAGCUGAGAGAAUGGGCAACAAGCAGACCAUCUUUACCUCCCAGCAACUGGACGCAUAUCAGGACUGCACCUAUUUCACCAGAAAAGAAAUUCUGAGGCUCUUUCAUCGAUACCGUGAUUUAGCGCCGCAGCUCGUGCCGCUGGACUACACGACCCAACCGGAAGUGCGUUUGCCCUACGAGCUGAUUGGCAGCAUGCCGGAGCUGAAGGACAACCCUUUCAGGCAGAGGAUUGCUGAGGUUUUCUCAGAAGAUGGAGAAGGAAACAUGACUUUGGACGACUUUCUGGACAUGUUUUCGGUGCUGAGUGAAAUGGCGCCGCGGGACCUGAAGGCAUAUUAUGCUUUUAAAAUCUACGACUUCAACAACGACGACUUCAUCUGUAAAUCGGAUCUGGAGAAAACCUUAAAUAAACUGACGCGCAACGAGCUGACCGAGGACGAGGUGAGGAUGGUGUGCGAGAAGGUGAUCGACGAAGCCGACCUGGACAACGACGGCCGUCUGUCUCUGGAGGAUUUCCAGCACAUGAUAGUGAGAGCGCCCGACUUCCUCAGCACCUUCCACAUCAGGAUCUGAAGAACUCAGAAGAGGAUGGAAGAUCUUUCACUGCAGAUUCAGAAGUCGGAAAAUAAACAAGGCACCCGUUACAGAUGAAUUUAUAUCCACUAUUAAUGUGUGAAAAUAUGCUUCUU